UGUGGAUCUCAUCAUUGGAAACUGAAACCCUAACCAACUUCUGUAGUUUGUCAGGCACAAGGGGUAUGAGAGAACAUUUUGUAUGUAACAAAGCUCUAUUGAAAUUACAGUCUCGAUACAGAAUGGAAAAUGUACAACCUGAGUGGGCUUGCUUGACCAUUCAAAAUGAAUAACUUAAAUCUUUAUACAAUAAUAACAUAUAAAUGGCAGGGAAAGUAAACUAAAUAUUUAUUCUACUUUGGAUCUAAUCAUUUCCCUGAUGGCAACUUGUAUGAGGUUUUCUGAUGCACACUUCAUAAACUGAUCCUUGUAAUGUGUCAAAGACCUUAACUGUAACAGUCGUUACAAUCGUUAAACCCAAUGUGAUCUUAACUAAUAAACAAUCCCAGACUAACACAGUCCACGGAAUCAGCCUAUGAACGGAGAGCUUCGGGUGCCCAAAUCCACAAUUGCGGCGUUGACAAUUAACCGAGAAUAACCCAACCUUCAAAGGACAAUGUCAACAGAACAGCGUUGAUGAGGAUAACUGUGGUGCUGGAAAUAACGACUCAAUCAUGCCACUGAGAAACCCCUUCAAACUCCCUGAAGAAGACAUCUUUCUCCUCAGGAACAAACAGAAUAGGAAAAAGAAGCAGGAGCUGCAGCAGCAGAGGGAGCUCAAGGUGCAUCAGAAGAGCACAUAUCUGGGCAAGAUCCAGGACAAACGGGUGGAAUUUCGCCAGGCUCUGAAGAAGUGCGAGGAUGAAGUUGACUCCAAGACAGCCAGCACCUCCUUCAGAAGUGACUCGACCUGGAGGAAAGCUCCAGGUCUCCAGGAACGAAAUGACAUCGAAAAAAUCCGUGACUACAUCAGCAAAAAGAGGGACAUGUUUCUGCUUGAGUACUCACUGGCAGUGAAGCAAGAGGUGAUGACCAAUCUAACCGAGGUGGCACAAGCAGAGGAGACCCGACUACAGCGGGCCUUGCACUUCCUGGAUGAAGAUGCAGCCAUGUUUGAUGAGUUCCUCAAGGAGAAUGACAAGAGCUCUGUGCAGGCCAUAAAAAUCGCUGAACAAGAGACUAAAGCCAAGCUGGAGAAAAUUGCAGAUAUCAAAAGGAUUACAGGGAAAAUAGUGGCAGUGAAAAGUGAUAUUUCCAAGUUUGAGGACAUUUUGAAGGAGUACACCAACUACAAUGAGUUCCUGCUGAAACUCUCCCCGCCGGAGUGGCAGGAUAAGCAGCAGUGGCGGAAGGAGAUGGCUGAGAAGAUCCAGCAGCAGCAGCAGCAGCAGCAAACAGCAGCCAAGGCAGUGCAGGGGCCAUCUGUCGUUACAGCAAGCAAACGAAAAGAGAGCGCUAUGAGAGAACUGCCCCCUGUGGUUGACCCCAAAGGUCACCGCAAAGGAGGAAUGCCGACACCAAAGGAGGGCAAGACGAAGGAACUACCAUCUCCGAGAAUUGAGGCUGAUCUUUCUGAGUUUGAGGACCCUCAGCUGUUCUUCACGGAGCCGCAGCAGCUGCUGGACCUGCUGACGGAGCUGGAGAAGCAGAACCUGAACCUGAUCCAGAACUCCCAGGACACCGAGGAGACGCUGGAGGAGUUCCGCAUCACCAUGCUCAACACCCGCAAAAAGAUGGAGCAGGAGACAGAGCAGCUGGCCCAGCAGGUUGAGAUCAUCAGUUGUGCCAUUGAGAGAGCGACGCAGAGCAAAGAAGAGCUGGAGCUAAAGGCUCGCCUCUUCUCUUUCGGAGAGUACAAAGCUGAUCAUCAGGACCGGAUGCUGGAGUCCCUGGGCAAGAGGGUGGAGGAGGUGUACCAGCGCUGUGUGGGCGAGACGGAGGCCAACCUCACCACGCUGCAGAUGCUCACCAGCAUCGAGGGCCGCAUCGAGGAGCUGCUGGAGGCGCUGGAGCUGGUGCCGCGCGAGCGGCUGCUCAUGGUGGAGAGGGUCCGCGAGAAGGAGCGCAGGAUCAGGCAGAGGGAGGAUAAGGUGCGUCAGCAGAAGAAGCAGCAGGAGGAGCGUCUCCGCAAGGCCUUGGAGAGGGCCCAGGCCGACGUCAAGAAACAUAUGGGCAGGAAACUCAUGGUGCGCUCCCAGCCGCCCAUGCAGGAGAACCUGGACCACGAGGUGGAUGAGAGCGCAGACCUCGAGAUGGACAAACAUCAGUACUUUUUUACUUAGCUUUAAUUGGCUUCAGGUCUUGUGCAAU